AUGAUUGAUUGGAAAGAGGAAAGAAGAAGAAGAAGAAGCAGGAAGAGGAGGAGGUGGAAAAAGAAAAAACAAAAAGGAAAAGAAAAGGAAAAGGAAGAAGAAAAUAGAAAAAAAAAAAAAAAAUUUUUUUCCCGUCGCGAUAUCACGUUAAAAACUGCUGUUAAUGUAAAAGCAUACAAACGAACCAAACGUCAAGCGAUGGAAGAAUUCUCAGACGAGGAUGGAAAUUCCGAAUCGGAAUCCGUUAGAAUGAAAAUAAAAAUAAAAAGUGGAAAAGGAGGAAGAGGAAGCACGAGAAGGAGGAAAACUCAACCAAGGUAUACGAAUAGCGAUGACAAAGACGAAGAUGAUUGA